AUGUCUGUCACAACCACUGUCCAAGCCGUAAGACUCGAGGGCGAUCAAUACUCCACUACCGCACAAACAGAGGAGUCGCCCGAGCAGAUCUGCGCAACUGGGGGGUAUCCAGCCCCAAGUGUCCCCGAGUUCAAAGACCCUUACAUAAAGCGGCAGUGGCAAUUAGAACACAUGGCUGCUGUGUUUCGAGUAUUUGCACGGAAGGGCUUUACAGAAGGAACCGCUGGACACAUUAGUGUUCGCGACCCCGUGGAACCAGAUACCUUUUGGAUCAACCCUCUCGGCAUACACUUUGGCUUGCUUAAAGCAAGCGAUAUGGUGCAGAUCAACGAAGAUGGCCAUGUCGUUGGUGGAAAUCGUGUCGCGGUCAAUAAAGCUGGAUUUCAAAUCCAUGGAGCCAUUCAUAAAGCUCGGCCUGACAUCAAUGCUAUUUGUCACACACAUUCUCCUGCUGGAAAAGCUUGGUCGGCACUUGGCCUUCCUUUGGACACCAUAAACCAAGAUGCCUGUGCCUUUCUUGGUAUCCAGGCUGUCUAUGAAAACUUUGGAGGUAUUGUUCUAGAACGUGAUGAGGGCCAGAGAAUCGCCGCGGCAUUGGGUAAAAGUAACCGCGUCGCGAUCUUGCAAAAUCACGGCCUGCUUACUACCGGUUCCACUGUUGAUGAAGCAGGUUAUCUUUUUACGCUCCUAGAGCGAUCUUGUGAGGUGCAGAUCAUGGUGGAAAGCACCGGCCUCCCAAAGAAAAUUAUUGGCAAGAGAGAGGCGGAAUACACUGCAAAAGCUUACCAAGAUCCGAAGGAAGCAGAGAUCACCACAGACCCCAGAGGCGUAUUCCUCACGGGAGAUGCCGUCAGAAUAUUACACAGCCUCGGGAUCAACGAUCUGGAGGGCAUAGGUCAUGAAAUUCCACAUAUAAAUGUCCAUCGCACUGCAUUCAAUACUCCCCCAUUCUUCUCAAUUCGCAUUGGGGCCAUCAAUAGUCUUGAACAAGCCUUGCCUGAAGGCAUUCUGCAAAUGCAGCCCCGUCUAGAGACUGCAUUGAGAAAGGCUAUUGAGCAGUCGGAAUACUGCUCACUGCGAACCGCCUGCGAAGUGAUCGCACGGUCAGAACAAGAUCCACCAGUGAUCGACUUCAACGAUAGUCAAGGCACACGACAGCAGAUGAAAGGACAAUGGCUCGUCGGCGCCGACGGAAAGUUGGGUAUCGUACGAAAACACUUUCUUGAACCAACUGUAGGCAUCAAGCAGCAAGACGGUAUUUAUCCUUACAGCGGAACCUGGAUAGCCGCCAACCUAAAGAUGAAGCUUCCUACGCCAGAGACUCACCCUGGCUUUCCACUCUGGAAGUUUGGGUACUCGCCGCAAGAGGUUUAUGAUCUGUUCUGGCCUAUCGGAUGGCACUUUUGUACUCCGCCUGGAAAGGCUACUGCUUCUGGAAGAUUUGGUCCUCAUGAGGAAAGGCUUUGGCGUCAUGAGUUUGCCCUGGAUGAGUCAUUUAUCAAGGAUAACUCGGAAGAGCUACUCUGGGAACAUAUUACGCCGAUGAUCAUUCUCAAGGAAGACAGAAGCCGCAAGCAUAGGUUCAACGGCCCUGUACAGUACCCACGAGACUGCAUCGAGAUUCUGCGAUGUCGGCUAUUCCACUUUGUUCACAAAGUCGUUGACCGGUGGUUCAGUGGCCGGACUAUCCUCAUCGGCGACGCAGCUCAUGUCUUUCCCCCUUUUGCCGGUCAAGGUAUUGGCAGCGGUGUUAGAGACGCCCACCAACUCGCAUGGAGGUUAGCUCUGAUGCUUCACCCAGGUUGCAAGCCCAAAAACUACGACAAGCUUCUCAAGUGCUGGGCAUCCGAGCGACGUCAGAGCAUCAACAACGCGGCACAGUUCUCUAUGAUCAACGGUCGGAUCUGCAAUAACGAGCCUUCUUUAUGGCAACAAUUGUUUUUCCGGCUUUUGAUGUUUCUCCACGGCACUUCUAUCUUUCGGCAUAUGGAUUAUGUAUCUCACAAAGAGAGAAAGGGAUUUUCGGCUGUUGAAAACGGGUUCUUUGUCAAGGGACGAACAGGUGGCUCCCGUUUGCCUCAGAUACAUAUGAGAUCAAAGGGCCAGGGAGAAUCAUUCUUAUCAGAUGGUCUUCUACGAAAGGGGAAUACCAUCUUCACUCUGGUGGUGAUGAGUGACGGAAAACCAGCUACCCAGCAAAUCUUGCAUGCUGAAGCAACAGCUGCAGUCCAAGAAGCCGGGCUCUCAUCCAUCAUCACAAAUGAUGCCAUUGUUGUUUACGACGGACAGUCGGGAGACUCACCACAGAGUCAGAAGACACUUUCAGGUAAUAAUGGAGGACUUGGCCAUCCCAUGGUCUGUUCACCUUCACAGAUUGCUGCACCUGAUGGGCAUCUGGCGAAUGGAUAUGACAGCUCGAUGUUUGGUAAGCGUCUUGGGAGGGGUAAGAAAUUUACGAUUAUUCGACCUGACUUCUUCAUCUUUGCUUGUUCUUCUGACUAUACUGGACUGGUCAGCUCUCUCGAAUCACUGAGAGGUUUCGUUGGGUUUGGAAGUAAGAAAUAG